CCUCCGUUGGCUGAUAUAAUCAAGACCAUACCCCAAGACAAGAGGGAAAAGGAUUUGUAAUGUAGUGGAGUCAAUACAGAGACUCUUGAGUAGCUGUUGUCUGGAUUGUUUGGCCAGACUAAGUAUAUGGAUAGAAAGCAGGAUCUCAAUAACUGGUGAUGUGGUCUGGUCCCGAAAUCGCAACUGCGCAGACUCAAGACCCAAGAUGUCAGUGCCAUAUCGGGACACUGGCGGCUUCAGUUCUCACCAAUGGAAAAGAGCGAAGGAUUAUUUCCUUGGCAAUUUCUGUCUCAUACUGUUAUGAGACACGACAUGCUUGAGCGCACAGAACAGGAAAAUGCUUAUGUGCUCUUGAAAAGAGGGGUUACCACAUCCUUCCUCCACACUAUUUACUUUCUGGUGAAGUGAAAGACUGUUAAAUCAACUUUAAGUAUCAUCAGUGGUCUUACAGAGGCAUUAGGUAGUCACAUGGAAAAAAGGAGAACUAAAACUCCUCUCCUUGACCUACUUUAUUUAAUUAGGACUUGAAUACACAGAUUACAUACAUAACAAUUAGAUUCUACAAGUUCAUACAAUCCAAGAAUGGGGAAUCCAAAUACUAGCAUCUGUAUCAUAAAUGACAACAUGGUGCCUUUUGCCACAUUUUACAUCCUUAUCUUCUUGAUUGGCAUGGCCACCAGCCUGGUGGCACUGUGGGCCUUCAUAACUAGCCAGAACGCUAAAAAGUGUAUCAAUGUUUACCUAAUCAAUCUUCUGACAUCUGACUUCCUCCUCAUGCUGGCCCUUCCCGUCAAGAUUGCAAAAGAUCUGGGCAAUGAGUCUCUGAGUUUGACCAUUUUUCACUGCCAAGUGAGUUCUCCACUCAUCUACAUCAACAUGUAUGCUUCCAUCAUCUUUCUAUCAUUUGUUAGUGUUCAGCGCUACCUCCAAAUUACUCGCAGCUCAAAAUUGCUCCGAUUGCAAGAGGUGGGCUUUGCGGUGCUAAUGUCAGCGGUGGUCUGGUUCCUUGUGCUCUUCGUUAAUGUGCCCAACAUGGCCAUUCCAAUCAAAGGUAACAUUACAAAAAAACAUGGCCUAACCUGCUCUGACAUAAAAGAGGAUUUGGGCAAGCACUGGCAUGCACUGUCGGUAUUUCUGGGUAUGGCUAUAUUCUUCAAUGCCUCUGCAGCUGUUCUUCUGUCCAAUGGCUUGAUAUUGAAGCAGCUUUGGUGUCGACGUGAAUCAGAUCCCGAGGACCAAGCAACUGCCCGUCAUGCCUUCAUAAACAUCGCAGUGGUGACCUUGGCUUACGUGGUAACAUUUGUGCCAUACCAUGCUGUGCGUAUGCCGUACACAUUUACGCAGAUAGAGGUGAUCUCUGAUUGCAGUUUGAAGAAGAGUCUGUUUCUGGCCAAAGAGUCUACCCUCCUCCUCUCCAUCUUGCAUCUAUGCUUUGAUCCACUGCUGUACUUUGUUAUCUGCCGUGCAUUCAGGCAUCAAGUCACAAAGGCCUUCUCAAACAGACACAGUGUUUCAAACUCUGACCCAGAGUAAAAAUAUCCUUUGGAAAAUUGAAAUAUUGGCAAUGUAAAAACAGAAAGAAAUUCAACCAAGUAUUUAGAAAUGUCUGGGGAAAAGGAGAGUGCAAAAAGAACUGUGGCCAAUAAUGGCACAAAACAUAAUUUAAAGCAGUCUGCGCAAUUAGCUCAUGCCAUCAAGCAUGACGAUAAAUACAGAUGUAAUUUUCAAAUCGAGUCAUUUAUUUUUGUAUAUUGAUUUUUAAAGAAGCUUUUUAGAAAAUCAUACUGUCACAUCAUAAAGAAGGUUUUAAAUGUCCCCAGUGAACGGCUUCAUUGAAAAACUUCAAAGAAAGAAAAUUAAAAAUGGGUGAAAACAGACCUAGCUGGGGGAGAUAAGGCAGUUUUCUUCUGGCUAUACAUCCACAGAAGACAGACUGUUUCACGUAAUUGUUGCCACAGUUAUUUGUCAUAUUUGUCUCAAGCACUUAAUAUGGGUGAAGCACCUUUUUGGUUCUACACCGUAAAAAAAAUUAAUAAAAUAAAAAAUUAUUUGUUGAGCAAACGUUAUCAUUUAACUGCAGUAAGUUUUUUGAGUUUUCUCAACAACUGUCUUAAAGGAAUAAUUCACCCAAAAAUGAAAAUUCUCUCAUUAUUUACUCACCCUCAUAACAUCCAAGAUGUGUAUGACUUUCUUUCAUCUGUUGAACACAAUGAAGAUUUUUUAAAUAAUAUUUCAGCUCUGUAGGUCCAUACAAUGCAAGUAAAUGGGUGCCAAUUUUUUUAAGCUCCAAGAUCCACAUAAGGGUAACAUAAAAGUACUCCAGACGACACCAGUGGUCAAAUAAAUGUCUUCUGAAGUGAUAUGAUAGGUGUGGGUGAGAAACAGAUCAAUAUUUAAGUCUUUUUUUUACCAUAAAUUCUCCUCCCUGUUCAGUCAAUCUCCACUUAAUUUUCACUUUCCAAUUCUUCUUCUUCUGUUUUUGGUGAUUCACAGAAUUAAUUAAUAUUGCCCCCUACUGGGUAGAGAGGAGAAUGUAUGAUACAAAUGACUUAAAUAGUGAUCUGAUUCUCACACACAUGUACCAUAUUGUGUCUGAACACAUGGAUUAAACCACUGGAGUCAUAUGGAUUACUUUUAUGCUCCUUUUUUGUGGGGUUUGAAGCUUCAUAAAUUUGGAAAACACUUCCAAUGUGAGGACCUGCAGAACUGAAAUAUUCUUAUAAAAAUCUUAAUUUGUGUUCUGCAGAAAAAAAGAAAGCCAUACACAUCUUGUAUGCCAGGAGUGUGAGUAAAUAAUAAGAGCAUUUUUAAGUUUUGGGUGAACUUUUCCUUUAAUAAUAGACCUCAGUAACAUUGCUUUGCUUAGUCAAUGUGAAUCUGUUUGUUCUGUAAAUGAAAAAAAUAUUUUAGGCAAUGUCUUGUUGUGUCUUGUUCCCCUCUGUCUAAACAGCAUGAAUAUAAUACAAUAAGAGUUAUCUAUGUGUAGUACAUGUCUUGUUUUAUGUAAGAAAUCUAUGUAGAUGUUGUUUGCCAUUGUUUAAACAAAAGGUUAUUAUUAUUAUUAUUUUGUACAACCCCAAUUCCCAAAAAGUUGGGACAGUAUGAAAAAUUACAAUAAAAAAGGAAUGAUUUGUAAAUUAUAUUCACCCUUUGCUAUAUUGAAAGCACUACAACUACACAUAUGAUGUUUUACCUUGUUAUUAUUAGUAUUCUUUUUUUAUUAUAUAGUAAUUUCAAAUCAGAUGAUUGCAACAGUCGAAUUUGGACAUUUUCACUUAGGGGUGUACUCACUUUCGUUGCCAGCGGUUUAGACAUUAAUGGAUGUGUGUUGAGUUAUUUUGAGGGACAGCAAAUUUACACUGUUAUACAAGCUGUACACUCACUACUUUACAUUGUAGCAAAGUGUAAUUUCUUCAGUGUUGUCACAUGA